UCAGGAAUUAAUUACUUUCCCUUUCUGAGAGUUAUUUUCGGUCUAUAAAAUCUUGCAUUUGAGCGGUCUCUCUCCGGAUUGGCUCUGGGGGUUACCGUCUCAGUCUCAGUGAAGCAUCCUGAUUCAACACAAUGUCAGAUCUCGAGGCCCCACUACGACCCAAGAGGAAGAAGGUUUGGGUGGACUAUUUUGUCCAGUUCCGAUGGAUUCUGGUUAUCUUUGUUGUCCUUCCCAUCUCCUUCACAUUGUACUUCCUCACAUACCUUGGGGAUGUGAGAUCUGAGUGGAAGUCCUAUAAGCAGCGUCAAAAGGAACAUGAUAAAAAUGUUGAGAAAGUUGUGAAACGCCUCAAACAGAGGAACCCAUCGAAGGAUGGACUUGUCUGCACAGCUCGGAAACCCUGGAUUGCUGUUGGAAUGAGAAAUGUGGACUACAAGCGUGCUCGGCAUUUUGAGGUUGAUCUUUCUGCCUUCAGAAAUAUUCUCGAAAUUGACAAAGAGAAAAUGACUGCCCGUGUUGAGCCUCUGGUCAACAUGGGGCAGAUAACCAGGGUUACUGUCCCGAUGAAUCUUUCCCUUGCAGUUGUUGCUGAGCUUGAUGAUCUGACUGUUGGUGGCCUUAUUAAUGGCUAUGGGAUUGAAGGAAGCUCCCAUCUUUAUGGCUUGUUCUCUGAUACUGUUGUUGCCUACGAGAUUGUUCUUGCAAAUGGGCAGCUAGUAAAAGCUACAAAGGACAAUGAGUAUUCUGAUCUUUUCUAUGCCAUACCAUGGUCUCAGGGAACACUCGGGCUUCUUGUUGCUGCCGAGAUAAAACUUAUACCCAUCAAAGAGUACAUGAGGCUGACUUACAAGCCUGUAGUGGGUAAUCUGAAAGAUAUUUCCCAGGCAUAUUCAGAUUCUUUUGCUCCUAGAGAUGGAGAUCAGGAUAAUCCUGAAAAGGUUCCGGACUUCGUUGAAACCAUGAUUUACUCUCCAACAGAGGCUGUUUGCAUGACGGGUAGGUAUGCCUCUAAAGAAGAGGCUAAGAAGAAGGGGAAUGUAAUUAACAGUGUUGGUUGGUGGUUUAAACCUUGGUUCUACCAACAUGCGCAGACUGCACUAAAGAAAGGGGAGUUCGUGGAGUACAUCCCCACUAGGGAGUAUUACCACAGACACACAAGGUGUUUGUACUGGGAAGGGAAACUUAUCCUUCCAUUUGCUGAUCAAUGGUGGUUUAGGUUUCUCCUUGGCUGGAUUAUGCCUCCCAAGGUUUCUCUGCUUAAGGCUACUCAGGGUGAAGCCAUCAGGAACUAUUACCAUGAGAUGCAUGUCAUUCAGGAUAUGCUUGUACCUCUUUACAAGGUUGGGGAUGCUCUCGAGUGGGUACACAAAGAGAUGGAGCUGUAUCCGCUCUGGCUCUGCCCACACAGAAUGUACAAGCUCCCUUUCAAGACUAUGAUAUAUCCCGAACCUGGAUUUGAGCUGCAUCGCAGGCAAGGAGACACACAUUAUGCUCAGAUGUACACAGAUGUUGGAGUUUACUAUACACCAGGACCGGUCUUAAGGGGCGAGGUAUUUGAUGGGGCAGAGGCAGUUCGUCGACUGGAGAACUGGUUGAUUGAGAACCAUGGAUAUCAGCCACAGUAUGCUGUUUCUGAGCUAACAGAGAAGAACUUCUGGAGGAUGUUUGACGCCGGACUAUAUGAGCGCUGCAGGAAGAAGUAUGGAGCUGUCGGGACUUUCAUGAGCGUGUACUACAAGUCGAAGAAAGGGAGGAAGACCGAGAAGGAGGUGCAAGAUGCUGAGCAAGCCCAUCUGGAGACUGCUUAUGCAGAAGUUGAUCAGCCGGCAGAUUGAUUUCGAUUUUGAACUUCUCCUGGAAUUUUCUGGUUAGGUUUCUUUUCUUUCUUACUCUCCCCUGUUGCCCGUAAUUUGGCUAGUUGCACUCUUGUGGGUGGCUGGCUUCUUUUCCAAUUUAGAACUAAGACUGUUUGAAUGGUUUUAUGGCCGGUGACUGGCCCAAGUUGUAACCCCCUUGUUUUGGAACUAGGAAUUUAUGCUAAUCCUUAAUCCUUGUAGGUUGCGAUCCAAAUCGGAUAAAAAAAUACAGUGCUGCUGUGAUCUUUCCAUC